AUGUGUCGAAGUAGUGGUAAUCUUUUUCGUGGCCGACGUGGUAGUGUUGGUGGAUAUGGUGGACCAGCAUUUGGUGCAUAUGGUGGACAAGGGUUUGGCGCAUAUGGUGGAUCAGGAUUUGGUGGAUAUGGCAGACCAGGAUUUGGAUCGGGUGACGGUUUUGGUGGUCAAUUUGGAUAUAAUGGAGGACUUCGACCAGGUGGUUUUGGUGGCUAUGGACCAGGAUAUCCAAUAAGUGGUGAAUAUGGCUUUUCAUAUGGUGGAGGCUAUAGUCGACGUUGGUAA